UUCUUGGGACAAAAAAUUCUUUCAGAGAAAGAAACAACCACCCCACUACCUCGCCCUUUUCGUUCUCCAUGAAAUAAUCAAAACGAUUCUGAAAGUCCUCCGACUAAAGAUUUACACUGGUCUAGCGAGACUGGUGCAAUAGUUAAAAAAAAAAAGAAAAAAAUUACCAAAGAAUAAAAUGAUAAAAUAAACGGUGAGAUUGGUCACAGUUAGAAUGAUUUCUCAUUCUAGGCCUGCUCGAUCAAAAUUGACCUGGGGUUAAACAACACACCACCAUCAAUACUAUUACAACUCUUUUCAGAAUUGCAGAAACCUUCGGGUGUUUUGAGAACUAGAAACCAUACUACAUUAAAAAUUGCCGCUAAUUAUACAAACUGUAUGAGAAUCUUGAUAACUGUUUAUAUUAUUUAAAUACUUCCGGCAUCCACCUAGCUAGUUCCUCCCAUUCUUUGAGAAUAGCAAUUCACUAAUUGAGUCUACUCUAGUAAUUCUUUAUUUCCUCCUCUCCCUCCUCCUCGAUUUCCUUUCUCUCACCCCUUCUCUCUCUCUCUCUCUCUCUCUCUCUCUCGUUCGCUCUAUCGCACACAUUCUCACUCACUUUUUCUCUCUCUCUCUCUUUCUCUCUCACUCCAAGACAAUAACACAUUUUACGUUAAAUGGAACCCGCGGCCGGAAACCCUGCAAGCCAGGCCAACAGAAGCAUCAACACCAGCAGCAGAAACAGAAAGAAAAGCAAAAAGAAACGAAGGCUGACGCAAAAGUCAUUACAUAUUAUUCUACACGCACCCGUUUGUUAUUGUUAGUAGAAGAAGAAAGAAAGGAAGGAAGAAUAAAAAGAGGAAAAAAAGACGGCGAUAGAAUGAAGAAUUGUUUUACAAGACGGAUUUAUAUUCUACAAAAGAUGCGAAAAAAUUACGACGAGGAUGCGAUAUUCUUCAGCUGGUGAACAACAGCAGUUCUGGCCAUUGUUAUUGUCAUUUACCAUCAUGUCUCUACCAAUGCGUGUGUGUAUAUAUUUAUACUUUUAUAUGUGAAUCUAUUUAUACGUACAUGUAUAUAAUAGUAUACACACACUCAGUGUUUCUCAAUAUGCAACUUCUAAGAUUCACUUAACUUCGGCUUUUGGCAAAAGCUAUGCUGAUAUUGUUCUUGUACCAUGAGUUGCAAAACCACGGCAACCAAUAUAUUCGUAUUGAUGACCAAUCAAUUUUACAUUAAUCAAUACAAGAAACUGACUCUCAUCAUUUUUACCAUUUGUGCUGUUGGUUUAAUCAUUUUUACAUGCGCUCAGACGUUCUUUGCCAACAGUUACUUAUUCAACUUUAGAACAGAACUCAAAACUUUGCCCAAAUUGGAAGAAAUUAAGCAUGAAGACUACAGCAUUCGUCCCAAGAUCCGCCACAGAUUUCAUCGUUAUCCCCACACGAGCAGGUAUCUUCCUCAGUGCAUUAUUAUCGGAGUUCGCAAAGGAGGUACUGGGGCUCUCAUUCAUUUUCUGGACAUUCAUCCCAACAUUGCUAUUGCUUCAACAGAAGUUCAUUUCUUUGAUAAUAAUUACAAGCGUGGCCUUAAUUGGUACAGGAAACGCAUGCCGUAUUCUUUCCCAAAUCAGAUAACCAUCGAGAAAACCCCUGCUUAUUUUGUAAAAAAACAUGUCCCAGAAUCUGUGAAAAAAAUGAACCAAUCCAUUAAACUGCUUUUGAUUGUACGUGAGCCUGUUGAGAGAACUAUUUCUGAUUACACCCAAAUUUGGGGUAAAUUAGUCAGAAAUUCUUCAUACCCAACAUUUGAAGAACUUGCAAUUGACCCAGCCACAAAAAUAGUAAAACCAUCAUUUGCUGCCACAGAACGUUCUCUGUAUGACAAACAUAUGGCCAACUGGCUGAAAUACUUUAAUCUUUCACAAAUUCAUAUUGUCGACGGAGAUAAUUUUCGACGUAAUCCAUUUCAGGAAAUUGUUGAAAUUGAAAAAUUCCUCCACUUAGAGCACAAAAUAUCAGAAAAGGACUAUUACUUUGACCCUGAUAAGAAAUUUUACUGCAUAAAAGGAUUCAUUAAUCGAUGUUUACCAGACUCUAAAGGACGGCAACAUGUUAAAGUGCAGGAGUAUGUAAAAACAAAACUACGGAAAUUUUUUCGGCCGCAUAAUGAAAUGUUUUUUAAAAUGAUUUCUAGAAGGUUUGAAAACUGGUAAAAUUUCGCCAUCUUUUAUACACACACAGACAUAUAUAUAUGUAUAUAUAUAUAUUACUGUACAAUAGAUAUCAUCAUGGUUAUCCGCAACAGCUUUCACAUUGAGUUUAUCUUGUAUCCUAUAUUCUUAUCCUCAUAAUGCUUCACUGAUGCAUCUCUUUUAUGCAUUUCUUUUCAUAUAUACACAUACAUAUGUUAUAUUCAGUCAUCCUUGCCAUAAGUUAUUUAUUAUAUACAGCCUCCUCUAAAUGUUUUAUAUAAAUUGUUUGUUCGUUAUGCAGGCAGCUAAUGUUACUAAUCUACAAUAUGGCCGCUUCCACUAAGCCCUUGUGCUGACAGAUGUAUGAUGUAGUUGCAAAUUUCUAAAGUUCUCAGGUUUUACAUCAGAUUCAGCUUUUUAUAUUGCAUCCUCUGAAAUCAAAUCUAUUUUCAUCUUAAUCAUUAAAUAUUUUUUUAUAACAUAUCAGACAGCACUGUAAAUGUUCUUCGCUUUCUAAACAUCAUGGUAACAUUUUGUCCUUGUUGUUGCAUCUAAAUUCAAAAUAACAUGAUAUUCUAUAGCCUCCAGAACUCUGUAAAUCUAAUUUGCUGCUAUUAAUUCUGAUAUUAGUAGGGUAGUCAUUAUUAAAUAAGGGUAAUGAAACAUAAUGUUUUAAACAUUAUACUAAAUAACGAACGUCAGACAUACAAUACCUUUAAACAAUGUUUGAAAUAAAUACUGCAUAAAAAUGUAAAGAUUCAUUUAGAAAUAAUGGUUGACCCUAAAACUAAAAUUAUGAAUGAAGCAGCUUUUCUAAACUGGCUAAAUGGUGCUAUCUUACAGCUCAAAAUCAUGUUACUGCUAUAGUAUGGUACCCCGUGCUUUGCCAAGUUGUAUUCUUGUAGAAUUUCUUGUGUGGUAAAAGCUACAGGGAACACAACCCAAAAUCCAAUGUUGCAAUGUAGCAAUGUAGCAAUGUAGCCUCUAUAUGUUCAUCAGGCCUAUCAGAAAGCGUAAUCAAUCUCACACAAAUCACAUACUUAUUGUCCUGAAAAAGAAAGGAUGCAGCGGAUAAAGUAAUCCAAAAUACACUGUCUGAAAAGAUCUUCAUGUGAUGGCUAGAAUAAGCUUUGAUCAUUAGGCUUACAAAAUCAGGCCUGAUUUGGGGUUAAAUUAUUACAGUCAAAAGUGAGUAGUAACAGCUUGGCUGGAUUAUUUAUAUUUGUAGAUUGUCAAAAUGUCAAGAUCAUUUAUAGUCGUAAUUAUGUCAUGUUUAUUGUGUUCAAAUAUUAAGUGAAACAAUUACCUUCAAUUAUCUUCAGGUUACUUGCUAUGCAAGUACAUAUCCAUAAUUAUCUUCAAUGUUUAUUUAUAACACUAAACAUUUCAUGUGUAUGGCACAUACCAUGAAAUAUAGUCACAUAGAUAAUGUAUAUACUUCGAUGUGUGUGGCAAACUCCAAAAUAUACAUAUAUGCAUGCAUACACAUACAUCUGAUGUAUGUGUACACAGGCAGUAACAGUAAAUCUGUCAGAUUAUACUGAAGCUUUAAGACCCUGGUUGAUUUCUAAGAAAUUUUUAUGAUGAAUUAACAGUUAGGAUUUUAAUGCAGACAUCGAAUCAAGAUGCCUCACUAUGUUGAGGAUAUAUAAAGUAUCUUAUCAUGCUAGAGACAAAUAACAAAAUGACUGAAUUAUUUUGCAGAGAUAAAUUAAUCUUGUUGAAAUAAUUUAUCUUAAUUUCAAAUAAUAUAAUGUUAGAUUCUUUGUAACACAGUCACCUACAAAGUGAUAGAUUUGUAGUUCAAAACCUAUCAAGGGACCUGCAUCUCUUUCUCUCUUCUAUGGGUGAUUAUAAUGACUAAUAUCUUCUGCAAUGUUCAGGGAAGAGUAACCCUUUUGUUACCAUAUUUCUGUAUGGUAACAAAAUAGCACUGACUUUGUAUUAAUUGAUUUUCAAAAAAUGAAGAAUUUAGUAAAACAACUUUUGUCAUUCUUAAUCUGAUAUUUGGAACAUAAAUUAAUAUGGUAUUUUGAUGGAUGGUUUUAAUUUAGAUUACUUCAGUACAAGAGAUUUGUAUUUUAAAACCAGGGGCUAUCUCAGGUGUGCUGGUAUUAAAAGGGUCAAUCUGGUGUUUGGAACAUAAAUUAACCUGGAAUUCUGAUGGAAGGUUUUAUUUUUAGAUCAUUUUAAAAGCAGAAAGUUUGAAUGGUAAAAUCAGAGGCAUUCUUCGGUGGGUUUAGUAUCAAAGGAGUUAAAAAGUUGAAAUCUGUUGCUAAGGAGUGACAAAAUUAAGGUUGAAUAUAAUUUGUGUCCUAAUGAAUUGAUAACAAAGCUAAUUAUUCCAUUCCAGAUAAUAUGAAAUAAUUAACAGAUUAUUUUGAUUAUGAGAUUACUGUGUGCUUAUUACAUUACUGAAGCAUU